AUUGCCUAAUCCAUUAACGGAUUACAUUGAAACAUCGGAUCCUGGUUUAGACGCAGUGAGGACCAGUGUUGUACAUUGUCCGGGGAGGGCUCCCUUGCUCCCUCUGCUGGAACAUCGGCGAAUCGAUGUAUGUGAUCGUCGGCGCAUCUAUCUGCAGACGGGCAGCAAAGAGCAUUGGUGGCCAUGGAGACAUUCCGUUUCUCCCUCGGCUCUUGAGGCGUUCCUGAACCCUCUUGAUUUUUCUCGGGGACGACCGCGUUGAGGAUGAAACCACCGGGAGGGAUCUUCGUGUCGGUUUUUCUCUUCGCCGCUGAGAUGGUGGCCGCCCUUUACCUGAGCAGCACCUACAAAUCCGGCGGGGACAAGAUCUGGCAGAUCCUCACCCUGGUCUUCGCCCUGGUGCCCUCCAUCCUGGUCCAGUUCACACUGACCUUCGUCCACCGGGACGUGAGCAGGGACAGGCCACUGGUGCUCCUUCUUCAUCUCCUGCAGCUGGGACCUUUCGUCAGAUGUCUGGAAGCUUUUUGCCUCUACCUAAAUGUCGGUAAAGUCGAAGAAUCUUACGUCAGUAUUACCCGAAAGAAACACUUGAAAAAAAGUGGCUCUUCUGAAGAAAUUGAAAAAGAAGUAGGUCAGGCUGAAGGCAAAAUGUUCACCCACCGUGCUGCUUUUAACCGGACAUCAGUGAUUCAGGCCUUCAUAGGCUCCGCGCCUCAACUUACUCUUCAGUUGUAUGUCAGCGUAAAGCAGCAGGUAGUAACUCCUGGGAGAGGAGUAUUAAUGGUCAUAUCACUGUUCACCAUUGUGUACGGAGCCAUGCGGUGCAAUAUCCUCGCCAUCAAAAUCAAGUAUGAUGAGUACGAAGUGCAUGUGAAGCCAGCGGCAUACAUUUGUAUCUUCCUGUGGAGGAGCUUUGAGAUUGCCACCAGAGUUAUUGUUUUAGUUCUUUUCAGCUCCGUGCUGCAGAUCUGGAUUCUCCCUGUGGUUCUUUUGAACCUUUUUGCCUUUUUCUUCUAUCCAUGGAUAUUAUUCUGGAGCAGCAAAUCUCCUUUCCCUGAGAACAUUGAAAAGACAUUUACCAGAGUAGGUACCACGAUUGUGUUAUGUUGCCUGACAUUUCUUUAUGCUGGAAUUAAUAUGUUCUGUUGGUCAGCUGUCCAACUCAAGUUAAAUGAUUCUGAUUUAAUUACUAAGUCACAGAAUUGGUAUAGACAAGCUGUGUACUAUAUGAUUCGAUUCAUCGAAAAUGCCGUUCUUAUUCUACUAUGGUACGUUUACAAGACUGACAUGUACAGUUACAUCUGUGCCCCACUGCUCGUCAUGCAGCUGUUAAUAGGCUAUUGUAUUGCAGUAUUUUUUAUGCUUGUAUUUUACCAGUUCUGCCACCCCUGUAAAAAACUUUUUACCUCCAGUAUUUCCAAAGGAUUACUCGCCUGUAUUCAUUUUACUUGCGUAAAAUGCAAUUGCUGCAAGUCUGAAUCCACAGAGAAGAUCGGGUUGGAGCCAAAUAAUGCCAAUGAUCAUGAACAGGGCCUUGAUCCUAACUGUGGAUCUCGGGGUUAGACGUAGCUUCUCAAUGCAAACAAAACUACAGGGAUGGCCUUUUCAUUUGCGCGUAUCCAUUUUGUUUGGACAUAGCAAUCGCUAUAAAUAAUAAAUGUGCCUCCGCCAAAAAUUAGCAGUUUGUAAUUCCCAUGAGAGGAGGGGUGUCUUGCAAAUGGUUGAAUUGUUGCACAUUUCAGUGAGCUGUGGAAGUAAACUUUCUAAAUCUAGGCUUCCAGCAUGAAAUCAGGUGCAAGCGGAGAGAUCUGGUACAUCCAGACACAUUUGAUACAACCUUUAAUAUUAGAAGGCAGAAAAUAUCUGGCAAUUGUUAGUCUAGAUUAGUUUAGAUAAAGGGUGGAAACAGGCCCUUCUGCCAAUGGAGUCGGCACCGACCAGCAAUCCCCGUACACCAACACUAUCCUACACACUAGGGACAAUUUACAAUCUUUACCGAAGCCAAUUAACCUAUAAAUCUGAAUGUCUUUGGAGUGUGGAAGGAAACCAGAGAACCCAGGGAAAACUCACGUGGCUACGGGGAGAACGUGCAACCCCAUGCAGACAGCACCUAUGGUCAGGAUCGAACCUGAAUCUCUGGCGCUGUAAGGCAGCAACUUACAGCACCAAACAAAAAUUGUUUGCCCAACUUGCUAUUCUAUUGCUAACUUAUAGGCCAAACAUAUGUACAAUGCCACAUCCAUCCACUGAAGACAGCUCCCAUUCCAAAGCUUCUUGAAUUUGCUUAUAAAGAAUAGAAUUAGAGCCAUUUGCAAAAUAGCAAUUGAAGAGUAAAUAGUUUGCAAUACCUUCAGUAGAUUUGUAUCAACAACGGAAAAUGCUAACCUGUACAUUAUGUAUUUGUGAUAAAUUUAUAAAAAUGUAGAUUUCUUGGUUUUUGGAAAACUCAUUCUCUUUAAAAUGAUAUGCUGCAUAAUUCUAUGCCUCCAUGAUGUUUAGUAAACUUUUAAUAUAUGCAUGCUAGGUGCUGCUUUCACAAGUAAAGAAAAAGUCAACGUAGUUUAUUGUCCAAAAACAGCAGAACUUUUUCACACAGUGGGUGGUGGGUGUAUGGAACGAGCUGCCAGGGGAGGUAGUUGAGGGAAGUACUAAUGCAGCACUUAAAAGGCACUUAGACAAGAGCACGGGUAGGAAAGGUUUAGUGGGAUAUGGGCCAAACAUGGGGAAAUGGGACUAGCUUAGAUGGGGCAUCUUGGUCGGCAUGGAUGAAAGGCCUGUUUCCGUGCUGUAUAACUAUGACUGAUAUGUUACCCGAUAACCGACUUUCUGCUAUCUUUAAUGGAAGCCUCUAAAGGAACCUUUAUUUUAGCUGGUAGUGUUAUUCAUAAUCAUUUCUGGGCCAUAGUUUCUGAGAUUUAAUGUUCUCAUUAAAUUAUAGGGGCUGCAUGCCAAUGUUGUUCUAAGAAUAUUCAAGCAAAGUGUAAAUAACAUAAAAGGGGCAUUUGUAACUUCAGCUUUCAAGUAGAACAUUAAAUGUGUUUAUAUUGUGUAAAUUGAUUAUCUAACUUUAAUAAUAUAUAAAUGAAUUAUCUAGCUUUUAUUUUACAAAAGUAAAUUCAUUUCUUCAAUGUGCAAUUUAACUUUAAGAUUUAAUGUCUAAGCUGUUUGGUGUGCCUGCAUAUGUUUUUAUUUAGUUUCGUUUAGUUUAUUGUCCCAUGUACUAAGUACAGUGAAAAGCUUUUGUUGCGUGCUAAUUAGUCAGCGGAAGGACAAUACAUGUUUACAAUCGAGCCACUCUCAGUGUACAGAUACAUGAUAAGAGAACAAUGUUUAGUGCAAGAAAAAGCCAGUAAAGUCCGAUCAAGGAGUGUCCGAGGGUCUUCAAUGAAGUAGUACAGGACUGUUCUCUGGUUGUGGUAGGACAGUUCAGUUGCCUGAUAACAUUUGGAAAGAACUGUCCCUGGAUCUGGAGGAUUUUCACACUUCUAUAACUUUUGGGAGAGGGGAGAAGAGGGAGUGGCCAGGGUGUGACUCAUCCUUGAUUAUGCCACUGGCCUUGCUGAGGCAGCGUGAGGUAUCAAUGGAGUCAAUGGAAGGGAGGUUGGUUUGUGUGAUGGGCUAGGCUGCGUCCACGAUUUGCCGCAAUUUCUUGCGGUCUCGCAUGGAGCUGUUCCCAAACUAAACUGUGAUGCAUCACAAUAAAAUGCUUCCAAGCCACAUCUGUAGAAGGUGGCGAAAGUUGUUGGGUAGAUGCCUAACUUAAACCUUCUAAGGAAGUAGAGGUGCUGAUGCACUUUCUUGGCCGUUACUUCAAUAUGGGCGGUCAAAGAUAAGUUGUUGGUGAUAUUUACUCCUGUGAAUUUAUGAGAGACAAAUGCGUUUUGACUCAACACUUACACUACAUAGAGUCAUAGAGUGAUACAGUGUGGAAACAGGCCCUUCGGCCCAACUUGCCCACACGGCCCAACUUGCCCACACGGGCCAACAAUGUCCUAGCAACACUAGUCCCACUUGCCUGCGUUUGGUCCAUAUCCCCCCCAAACCUGUUAACUGUUUCUUAAAUGCUGGGAUAGUCUCAGCCUCAACUACCUCCUCUGGCAGCUUGUUCCACACACCCACCACCCUUUGUGUGAAAAAGUUAUCACUCGGAUUCCUAUUAAAUCUUUUCCCCUUCACCUUAAACCUAUGUCCUCUGGUCCUCGAUUCCCCCACUCUGGGCAAGAGACUCUGUGCAUCUAUCCAAUCUAUUCCUCUCAUGAUUUUGUAUACCUCUAUAAGAUCCCCCCUCAUCCUCCUGCGCUCCAAGGAAUAGAGACCCAGCCUACUCAACCUCUCCCUAUAGCUCACACCCUCAAGUCCUGGAAACAUAUUUCCUAUAACAUGGUGCCCACAACUGAACACAAUAUUCUAAAUGCGGUCUCACCAACAUCUUAUACAACUGCAACAUGACCUCCAAACUUUGAUACUCAAUACUCUGACUGAUGAAGGCCAAAGUGCCAAAAGCUUUUUUGACCACCUUAUCUACCUGUGACUCGACCUUUAAGGAACCAUGCACCUGCAUAUGAUAAGGUCCCACAUAGGGGAUUAGUGGGCAAAAUUAGGGGACAUGGCAUUGGGGGUAGAGUGCUGACAUGGAUAGAAAAUUGGUUGGCAGACAGGAAACAAUGAGCAGGGAUUAACGGGUCCCUUUCAGAAUGGCAGGCAGUGACUAGUGGGGUAUCGCAAGGCUCAGUGCUGGGGCCGCAGCUAUUUACAAUAUACAUCAAUGAUUUAGAUAAAGGGAAUUCAAAGUAACAUUACCAAAUUUGUAGAUGACACAAAGCUGGGUGGCAGUGUGAACUGUGAGGAGGAUGCUAAGAGAAUUCAGGGUGACUUGGACAGGUUGGGUGAGUGGGCAGAUGCAUGGCAGAUGUGGAUAAAUGUGAGGUAAUCCUCUUUGGUAGCAAAAACAGGAAGGCAGAUUACUAUCUAAAUGGUAUCAAGUUGGGAAAAGGGGAAGUACAACGGGAUCUGGGGGCCCUUGUUCAUCAGUCAAUGAAAGUAAGCAUGCACGUACAGCAGGCAGUGAAGAAAGCGAAUGGCAUGUUGGCCUUUAUAACACGAGGAGUUGAGAAAAGGAGUAAAGAGGUCCUUCUGCAGUGGUAUAGGGCCCUAGUGAGACCACGCCUGGAGUAUUGUGUGUAGUUUUGGUCCCCUAAUUUGAGGAAGGACAUUCUUGCUAUUGAGGGAGUGCAGCGUAGGUUUACAAGGUUAAUUCCCGGGACGGCGGGACUAUCAUAUGCUUGGAGAAUGGAGCGGCUUUGUAUACUCUGGAGUUUAGAAGGAUGAGAGGAGAUCUUAUUGAAACAUAUAAGAUUAUUAAGGAUUUGGUCACGCUAGAGGCAGGAAACGUUCCCGAUGUUGGGGGAGUCCAGAGCCAAGGGCCACUGUUUAAGAAUAAGGGGUAAGCCAUUUAGAACGCAGACAAGGAAACACUUUUUCUCACAGAGAGUUGUGAGUCUGUGGAAUUCUCUGCCUCGGAGGGUGGUGGAGGCCAGUUCUCUGGAUACUUUCAAGAGAGAGCUAGAUAGGGCUCUUAAAGAUAGCGGAGUCAGGGGAUAUGGGGAGAAGGCAGGAACGGGGUACUGAUUGGGGAUGAUCAACCAUGAUCACAUUGAAUGGCGGUGCUAGCUUGAAGGGCCGAAUGGCCUACCCCUGCACCUAUUGCCCAUUGUCCAUUGUACUCCUAGAUCCCUCUGGUCUACAACACUACCCAGAGGCCUACCAUUUACUGUGUAGGUCCUGCCCUUGUUCGACGUCCAAAAAUGCAACACCUUACACUUCUCCGUAUUAAAUUCCAUCAACCAUUCUUCUGCCCAUGUGGCCAAUCGAUCCAGAUCCUGCUGCAAUCUUUCCCAAUCAUCUUUACUAUCUGCAAAACCAUUCACCUUUGUAUCAUCAUCAAACUUGCUAAUCUUGCCCUGUAUGUUCUCAUCCAAAUCAUUGAUGUAGAUGACAAACAGUAACAGGCCCAGCACCGAACCCUGAGGCACACCACUAUUUGUUCUAUUAGAUUCUGUAGUUCGCAAUUAGGAGGAUAGUCAUAGACUACAGGGUGAUGAGGAUCUUUUGGGAAGACCAAUGGCAAGGUAAGCUCUGUUUAGAUAACAUGCAAAACAAAAGCUUUUCACUGUACUUCGGUACAUGUGACAAUAAUAAAUCUAAACCUAAACCAAAAAAAUGGAAAACUAAAUGCUGGUAAAUGGGAUAAAUAUUUGGUAUCAGCAUGGACAUGGUUGCCCACGGGACCUGUUUCUGUACAAUCUGACUGUGACUCCAUGACUUAUACAAAUGCAAAACAUCUAACUUAAGACCAUAAAACCUAGGAUCAGAAUUAGGCCAUUCGGCCCAUCGAGUCUGCUCUACCAAUCGAUCAUGGCAGAUCUAUUUUCCCUUCUCAACCCCAUUCUCCUGCCUUCUCCACAUAUCCUUUGAUACCCUCACUAAUCAAGAACCUAUCAAUCUCCGCUUUAAAAAUAACCAAUGACUUGGUCUCCAUCGCUGCCUGUGGCAAUUAAUUCCACAGAUUCACCACCUACUGCCUAAAGGAAUUCCUUCUUAUCUCCUUUCUAAGGGUAUGGCCUUUUAUUCUGAGUCUGUACCUUCUGGACCUAGACUCUCCCACUACUGGAAAUAUGCUCCCCACAUCAACUCUAUCUAGGACUUUCAUUAUUUGGUAUAUUUCAUUGUGAUCCCCCCUUAUCCUUCUAAACUCCAGGGAGUACAGGCCCAGAUCUAUCAAACACUCCUCAUACAUUAACCUAAUCAUCCCUGGUAUUAUUCUUGUAAACCUCUUCUGGACCUUCUCCAAUGCCAGCAUUCUCCAAUCCUUCCUCAGAUAUGGGGCACUAAUAACAGCAUCCAGGUACCAAUCUCAUACCCGAAUAGUGUAUGUUUUAACAGGUCAUCAAAUGUUCUUUAGACUGUUGUUCACGGAAAUGUGUUUCUCGUCAGAUAUGUGAACAACAUGCUAUUCUAUCUCUUGUAUAACAAAAACGGAUGUAAACUAUCGUUUAGGAAUAUAUAAACAAGAUUGAAUAAAUCAUCAGAAUCAGUACUGUGAGAAAAAAAGAUUCUAAAUCUUUGCAUAUUAUUUACAUUAUCUAUUCAGAUAAAAUAAUUUUAAGUGACUGAAAUUUUUAUUUGUCAACUGCUUAAUUUAUGAAAUACUUCAACCUUAAGAUGCAGAUGAAGAUUAAGGUUCUAAUCCACCUGUAAAUACAGAAAAGACCUACCAUUUCAAAGACUACAAAAAAAUCUUGUAAAUAUAUUCAAUGGAAAGAAUUACGAUUAAUUCUGAAAGAUAUUUGUAUAUAUUGAUUUUUUUAAGUUUGUAUUUAUUUUUCAAGUAUUAUUUCAUGUGUUUACAAGAGUUGCUUCGUGUCACAGAUACUUGACAAUGAUGUUAAAUAAAUGGAUC